AUGAGAUUGACUUCAGAGAACAUCAACCAGCGCGUUGUCGCUGCCAAGUACGCCGUUCGUGGUGAACUUGCCGUCAAGUCCGAGGAAUACCGAGCCAAGAUCGCAAAGGGCGAUACCAACGAUCUUCCUUUCAAAGAGGUCAUUUCCGCAAACAUCGGCAACCCCCAGCAGCUCGAUCAGAAGCCCAUCACCUUCUUCCGACAGGUCGCCAGUCUUCUUGAGAACCCUCUACUGCUUCAGAACGAGGAGGCUCUUACCAAGCACUUUGGCUACAAGACCGAUGUCAUCGAGCGUGCCAAGUUCCUCCUGAGCAAGAUCGGCUCUGUCGGUGCUUACAGUGCCAGUACUGGUGUUCCAGCUAUCCGCGAUAGCAUCGCCAAGUUUAUUGAGCGUCGCGAUGGCUUCCCUGCUGAUCCCAACCACAUCUACCUCUCCGCCGGUGCCUCUUCCGGUGUCAACACUCUUCUCAACGUCAUCUGCGCCUCUCCUAAGACCGGCAUCCUCAUCCCUAUUCCUCAGUACCCUCUCUACACUGCUACCCUCUCCCUUCUUGAGGCAACCGCUGUUCCCUACCUCCUCGAUGAGUCAAGAAACUGGGGUACCGAUGUCGAGACCAUCCGCUCGUCUUACGAGAAGGCCAAGGCCGACGGUAUUGACGUCCGAUGUAUUGUCAUCAUCAACCCUGGCAACCCUACCGGUGCCUCUCUCCCUGAGGAGGAUAUCCGUGCUGUCCUUGAGUUCGCCAACAAGGAGAACCUAGUCGUUAUGGCCGACGAGGUCUACCAGACAAACGUCUUUGUCGGCAAGUUUCACAGCUUCAAGCAGGUCCUCCGAAACCUCCAGAAGGAGAACCCGGGCAAGUUCGACGGUCUCGAGCUCGCCUCUCUUCACAGUGUUUCCAAAGGUAUGGUUGGUGAGUGUGGUCACCGCGGUGGUUACUUCGAGCUUGUCAACUUCGAUGACGAGGUCGAGGCCAACAUCUACAAGUUCAUCUCCAUCAUGCUUUGCGCCCCCGUUAUCGGCCAGUGCAUCGUCGAGUUGAUGGUCAACCCUCCUAGACAUGGCGAGCCUUCUCACGAGCUUUACAAGAAGGAGUACGAUGGUAUCUUCAAGGGCCUCCAGGAGCGCGCCACCGCUCUUCACAAGGCCUUUGACGAAAUGGAGGGCGUUGAGUGCGCCGAGCCCCAAGGCUCCAUGUACCUUUUCCCUACCAUUAAGCUCCCUGAGAAGGCUGCCGAGGCUGCCAAGGCAGAGGGCCGAAGCCCCGAUGAGUUCUACUGCAUGCGCCUCCUUGAGGCCACCGGCAUCUGUGUCGUUCCCGGUUCCGGCUUCGGCCAGAAGGAGAACACCCUGCACUUCCGAACAACCUUCCUUGCCCCCGGCACCGAGUGGGUUGGCAGCAUCGUCAAGUUCCACAAGGAGUUCCUCGACAAGUACCGAUGA